AUGGCCACGUAUGCAAAUUUAUUUUAUGCGCUCCGACAUAACUCACCUUUUUACGGCGUAUGUGUUUGGCAGAGUGAAAAUUGCGUUCGUUUUGGAGGCCGACUGCAUUGGCGACAAAUCAACGUGCUCCUUCAAGUUGGCCUUAUAUCUGUUCUUCACCAAUACGAACCACCUUCCCAUUCUAUCGCCACAGGUGAUAAACCCAUCCAAAGAUAUUUUAUCGCUGUCUUGUAUGGAGGAUUUUUCGGCCAUAAAGCUUGUGGCCAAGCACACGCGCACGUGCAGCGUGUAUUACCAGUCGGACCUUGCAUUUCUAACAUUUGGCACGCUGAUCAAUGA